AUGGCAGACGUUGAUACAGAAUCACCAGCACAGCAUGCAGCUCGUCUGCGCCGCGAAAAGCGCAAUGCAAAGAUCCAGACCGAGGGAUCGGACAGACUGGCGCGAAUUACUCAACUGAGUGGAAGACCUGCUCCGGCACCUGAAGAGCCAUCCAUGGUUCAAACUCCCACCAAGCCCGCACAAGCAACUUCCCCCAUGACACCGCAACAUGCAUCCAUCGAGGAUCCAGAUGAGGUCGACAUCUCCGAGCACUACUGGACACCCACUGCCUCAGAACAAAGCCAACUCGCUCGCUAUCAACAGCAACAGCAGCAGUCACCAUUCCAGCGACCAGGCCAGCAAGAUGAGGACCCCAUGCUCAAGAUGAUGCAGUCAUUGCUCAGCGGAGACGCAUCUGCAGCAGGCGGCAUCCCAGACUCGGCCAUGGAUGAUCUACCCCCCAUGCUCAAGGCCAUGAUGCAGGGACAACGCGCGACCCAACAGCAAGCCUCGGCACCCACGGGCACCACAUACCUCUGGCGCAUUGUCCACGCCGUCUUCGCCCUCGCACUGGGCCUUUACAUCGCAGCCAGCGGCACCUUCAACGGUAGCAAGCUGUCACGCUCAAACUCCCUCGAAGGAUCAGACUUUGGUCCUAGACUGUUCUACAUGUUUGCGACUGCCGAAGUGGUGCUGCAGUCUAGCAGAUACUUUAUGGAGAAGGGAAGGUUGCAAGGAAGUGGAUGGCUGGCUACAAUUGCAAACUCGGGUUUGGUGCCACAGCCGUGGUCAAACUACAUCAGCAUGGCUGGCAGAUAUGCUGUCAUUUGGCAGACGGUUGUUGCUGAUGCCAUGGUCAUUGUCUUUGUGCUGGGAUGUCUUGCUUGGUGGAAUGGCAUGGCCACUGCAUAG